AUGCAGGACCCCUCAGCAGCGGUGGCCGCACUGCCACCUAGUGUCCUGGAUGCUGUCGUAUCAGGUCUCAGCGGCGUCGCAGGCGGCACGGCUGGCGCCGCGCCUCUCGGCGGCUUUGGGGGCGCCUUCGCCGCCCUGCUGAAUGCAGCGCAGGUCGCAGAGGUGUCCCCUCCUUCCUUCCCAGCCCCCGAAGCCGCCACGGCGCAGCCUACCCACGCCUCAGCGGCCUGGCCUGCGGCCCCGCCAGCCACCGCCGCCGCAGCCCCGCCAACCGCAGACCACGCCGGCGCUAGCGGCCUACUCCCCGCCCCCUCCGGCCGCCGCAAACGCUCCAGCGGCAGCGCGGCGGCCCACUCCGCGCCGUGGGACGGGCCGCGCGCCGCGCAGGGGCCUGGAGGCAGCAGCUUCGGCGGCGCGGCGGGGUCGAGCGGCGGCGGCGGCGGCGGCGGCGGUGCUGACGAGGACGAGUCAAUGGAGCAAGAGCCCUCUGAAGACACAGCGCCCCGGAGGACCAAG